ACUGCUUGAAUGAAUAAAAAUUGUCAUUGUCAUAUGAAAAGUAACAAGAUAGACGAUUCUUCAGCAAUGUGCCUUGUGUAAUCAUAUCAUCUGCACCUUGAUGUCGUAAGUCGUUUUAUUCUGUCUUCUGAGGAUCCUCUUUGCUUCCUCCCCUGUGACGUCACAAGUGGUAAAACAGCAAGAUGAUAUUCAUUAGAUCAUGGCGAUUGCUUUUGCUGACAUUGAGAUUGUCUAGAUUUUAUCAUGGUAGCUAGUUGAAUCAGCGUGUUGUUGAUGUAAGGGUUAGGCGCCCUACACGCAGCAAAGAACAACACGAUGAUUCACGAUGCUUACACGCUAGGCUAGGGAGUCUGUGGUCGUUUUGUGUUGACGAAGAGAUAGGAGGAGCAAAAGUAAUAUGAAGUUCAAGUUGCUCUUGGUCUGAUUCUGUCAUGAUACAGGCAGUCGGAAAAACGAACCUUGGACUGGACUCUUCCAUGGAAUUGGAAGCUCAAAGCCGUUCUCAAGGGCAUGUAAAUGUUCUUGUGAGCAACACUUUCCUGUAGUGUGACUGUUGCACCACGCUGUUCAGAAUGUGGAAUGGCGACAACAUGCCAGCACGCAUGGAGUCUAAGGAGAGCAGCAAAUCAUCAUGGGAAGAGAAAUUCCAACGCCAGUGGCAAAAGGAUGACGGUCGAGGCUCGAACAACGCGUGGCACGACCUGCAGCAACCAUCUCCAGGAGACUCAGGCAUGCAUGCUGCUCCAUAUCAAAAUAAUCCGGAUUAUCAUGGAGGAACUGGAAAGCAGGGUGGAGGCUCAUUCAAUGCGAGUACCACCAGUUCCUCCUCAGGGGGACCGCAAAAUCAGCUGCAGACUAAGGGAGGAAAAAAAUAUGGGAAGUCGGGUGCGCCAGUUUCUGGUGGAGACGGUUUUUCCUCUUCGGGUGGCGCAGGGUCAUAUGACGGUAGCGCAGUAACGUCUGCCUACCCGGCUUUUGGCACUCCGGCGGCAGCAGAUACGAGUAGUGAAGCAGGAGGCGGAAAAAAAGGUGGCGCGACAUGCUUUGCUUCCCCAGGUGUUGUAGGUGGCAACUACGGAGGCCUCACAGCAUCGCAAGGACCGGCAGGAGGCGAGCAAAAAAGGUCAUGGCAAUCGAAAGGUGACAAUAGCGCGAAUAGUGGUUGGACUCCAGCACAGUCGUCUUCAGGCGGGGACGGGAGCAACGCCUACAAUAAGGGCUAUAACAACACGUCGCAGCAGCUGCAGCAACAAGGUACGGUCCCUUACAAUCAACAACAGCAACACGACUACACCGGCGGCGGAGCAAAUGCUUCAUCAUAUGCGGGUAAUCCGCAAGCGCAAGCGGACAAGAGCGCUGGCGCUACAACUUGGUCAAGCAAACAUGCUAAUUCGAAGUCCUCAUAUGACGCAAAUGCCGGAAGCGCAAGUAUAGCAUAUAAUUCAAAAGGCUAUAAUGCUCCCACCGGAGUAGAGAAUGCUGCCUAUGGGAAGCAGGGUGCGAAAGGUUGGGAUCAAGGGAAGCAAGCGUCAAGCAAGAGCUCCGGCAACUGGCAAGGUCCGUCCAUAUCAAAUGCUCAAAUGGACAACCAAUACCAGAACCAGCCGCAAAAUAACUACGGUGGUUGUUACAGUAACAGCGGCCCGCUUCCAACGACAAACGAGAGUAGUUACAAUCAUGAUCAACAUAAUCAGCAACAUAACUACAACAACGAGAGAAGUUCGGAAUUUCCACAACAACAAAAUUUUUCGGUUCCUUCCUACAACGCGCCUCAUGGUUCGUCCAUGCAGCUUCAAGGCGCCAAUGAUGUCAGCUAUGCCUCUCCUCCUGGAGGUACGCCAGCCAACUAUGAUUACGCGCCACAGACGAGUAAGCAAAAUCAGGUGGCUUACAGUAGUACAGGCCUCGUUCAGACCAACUCUUUCCCGCCACAACAAAAUUAUUCAUCUAGUUCUCAAAUGCAACUGGAGAUAAACAAAACAACAUCCACACACAAAAAUAUUAACAUCAACUCAGAUCGCUCGGUUGCUCCUGGAGGCGCUAGUAGUAGUUCCUACAGCGGUCAGGCAAUGGAAAAUCAAGAGCCUCCAGGGGGACCAGCUUCGUGGUGGAGCCCGCAGCAGCAGAAUCUGGGUGAGCAGCCAAACGGUUCUCCAUCGAAGUCACAAGAUUGGUGGGCGGGCUCCACGCCUGGCGAUUCGAGAGACUGGUGGGGUGCAAAAGCUGGAGGUCCUACUGCAGGAGGAGGCCAGUCAACCGGGACACCGGCUGGCCCAGGAGACGGACUAGCGUACAAAAAUAUCAUCUACAACAAUGCUGCAGUCGGCGGAAGUAGGGGUAGUACCGCUGCGUCGAGUGCGCACUACAAAAACAAUCCUCAGUCAGCAGGCGCGCCUCCGUCUGCGACCCUAGGUAAUGAAAAGUACCAGCAGUUGUACGACCAAAGCUACAGUGCAGCAUCGGAGCAAUACCCCUCGAGCUGGGGCAAGAAUGCCGGUGCUGGAGCAUCAAACUCAAAGGGAUACCAGUAUACGAAUAAGACGAGCAGCGUUGGAAAUGGAGGGAAAGCGACCACCGAUAACAUCUACGGAGGGAAUGGGUGGAAAUCUGAUGGAAAUCUAGGAGGUUGCGUCGGAGCUAGUUAUCAAUACAAUUUUGGUUUUCCCACAGGACCGUCACAAACGACGAACCACGGCAACAAAGCAGGAGCGUUCCCAACGCAGAAGCGAGCAGGCGAAGGUGGGUACUCGCAAGUACAGCAAUGCAAUGCGACUGGAGCUAAUGCAGAUUGGAGCGGACCGUCUGUUUCUGGAACAUGGAACGACACAAGCAAUAACAACAACAGUGCCUAUGCAACUGGUGGCGCCACUAAUUCAUGGCAAGAACAGGCCGCACGACCUUCUUGGGAAAACCAGGACAAUGGUCAGGAUACGAAAAAAGGAAAAAGCGCUCCGUCGUCGUCAGGCUUGUUGAACGCAAACGCCGCAUAUACCGUAGGUGGACCCCAGGACGAAAGCACGAUGAAAGGCGCAAAGAAGCCAUCGAGUGGCAUCGGCGGGAAAGAUCAGGCAAAUGAUUGGGGGUCAACAUCUUAUGGCGAGGAUGCGAACUCGAAAAUGAAUACUUUCUCAUCUGGUACAGGGACAGCAGGAGGUAAGAAGGGGCAAGGAAAUCCUGUCGCAGUCCUCGGAAAAACUGGCGAGUACCACUACACGAGUGACAAGAACACAGGAUAUGGAGCUCCGACUGGAACGUCAUCUGGGAAUGGUAGUUACAACAACACCUAUAAUGCUGGUAUGAGUGCUGCUGGAGCGCAGUAUGCGGCGCCAAAAUCUUCAUGGAACAGACGAGCAUCGAGUCUCCCAGAAGGAGUGAAUCAGAACAAUGGAUUGCCAGACGCUGCUGCGUACAACAAUCAGAACCCUUCUUCAGGUGGGAACCAAGCACCACACGCUGGUGGCAGCUAUGACCAGACGAAUGCUGCCUCGUGGGCAGGUGAUUCAUACAGCAACCAGCAAAAUACGAGUGCGAACGCCAAAGGCAGCGGAGCAGCCUGGACGGGUUCAACGACACACGACAAAUCCUACUCAUCGACGGGUUCUGGAGGUAAAGCAAAUGUUCAAAAUUACACUGCCCAAGGACAAGGAUUCUCCAAAGAGGCCACUUCAGGUAAAACCAAAGGUGGGCAGGAUGCUCAGUCUAAGUGGGCAAAUGAACAGUCCUCUUCGUGGGCAAAGGAUCAGUCAUCGUGGAGCAGAGAAAAUAUCAACAACUACAACGGGAGUUCCAAUGCGAACGCGGAUUACUCCACUUCUAAUAAGGGAGCAGGAGGAAGUAGCAAGAAGGGCAACGCAUCGAGUGCAGCAUGUGACUAUCGAUACAAACAGAGUAAGGGAAAAGUAGUUUAUGCCGAGGGCGAGAGAGCCACCUACUCAGCCCAGAACGCUGUGAUGGAGACGGGCUUCGCGGGACGUUCGACAGCUUACGGAGAAGCAGAAUGCGGCUCGUCAAUAAAAGUUCAUUCCAACACAGCAAGAAGCGUGCCAUUAUGGCAGAAAAACAGCGCAGCGAUCGACGUCACGACGAAGGAGAACGUGCGAGAAGUGCAUGCUUUUGCGAGAGGACGGCCACCACCUGGUGCACUGCAAGUGCCUUACGACAACUCCAAUUUCAACAAGUCCGAAAAAACGCGGCACAGUCUGCAGGGAACAACGUCGACCUACUACAGAACGCCCAAAACCGUCAUUGCGCCACAAAAUGCUCUAGCUGGUCCUUCAAAUAGUGGGGUCGGCAGAACUUAUCCUAUUCCUAUAGAGCCUGCAGGCGUGAUCACGACCACCUCCUCCACCGAAGCUUUCGAUGCGCAAACCCGUAGGACGCACAACGCACGCGGGGAAAUUCCUAGUGGUUGGAACAUGCUGCAGCAGGAAAACAGCGCUAGUGGCUCGGCGGCUCUGUCACCAGGCGAGGCGGUUGCGAUGGCGAGCAACACGCCUGUACCCCGUCACGACCUAACGACCCAGUCUGCUGAGGUCUCCGCAGCCCUGCAGCUAUCGGCCGCGACCACUAUUCCACUCGCUGCUGGCGCAACACCAGUCCUCACGAUGCAACACCAGUCCUCUGGAAUACCGCCUCCUCAGGCAACACCCUCUCCAGAUAUCGUUCACCACAGCGCGUUAGCUGCCGCAGGAGCAACGACAGGGCAGGCGGGUGGAUGGCCAGGACCCACUACGGCGCCUCCUUCUACUGUACAGUCGACGGCGAUGGUUUGGGAUCCUGUGACUGGAAUGUUCAUAGUGCCAGGAGCGCCGACUGUCACACCUGCCGCAGGCGGCACAGCCAUGAAUGUUCCAGAUCAAGUACCAGCGAUAAUCAACAUCAUUCCAUUUCCAAAUGCAAAUGAUCCAAUAUUAUAUAUUAGUAGUACAUGUAAGAGUGUGUACAAUCUGUGAAACUAGCUAGUUAAUACGAAGUUGUGGGAGCAGUUAACCUUGUUCUGUUAGCUGCCUGCCAUUUUGCUUUUACGGUGAUCACGAACGGUCACAUCAGGAGCACACACAUGACGAAGUACGGUUCAUGGAGUCCUUUUGAAGACUGACAAUCAUUUAUACUAUCUUUGGUGCAAACACAAACUAACUACGAAUAGAUAGAUGCAGAUGCUCUAACUUUUUGAUUUUGUGUUGUUUUAUCAUAAAGUUUCUUUACCGAUCAUGUGUAUCUGAGUAAUUCUUCGAUGUGCAUAGAAGUCAGACACUGAUAUUCCAAUCCUUCUAAAACAAGUUUGUUUCUUUUCUCCGUUGCAGGUGCCUGGCGGUCUCCAUGGUGUAUCAGGCGGUGGCGUGUCGAGUAGUAAUGAGUCGUUUGCAGUGCCACCUUGGCCUGAACUGUUGAAUCCUUGGGCCAUUCAACCCAUUUUGGGACCUGUUGAUGCGCUAGCGCCCAUUCCCGGUUUGCUUAGUACGACAGUGGCUCCCCUGCCGCCAUUUGGUGAUGGCGUAGACACCUCGGUCGACAUGGAACAAGUGCCACCUGCGCCCGACGGCACCCCUGGGCAAGAACAAACGCCUGUUGCUUUUCCUUCUCAAGAUGCACCUCAAGCAGACACGCAAACUGCGACUGCCCCUGGAGAAGGGUCACAAACACAAGCACGACAACAAGAACAAAUCAUAGGACAGGGUGGAGAGCAGCUUCGUUCUGAUAGUCACGUAACAGCUGGAUAUGAGAGUGGUCUCGCAGAAAUCGUGAUGGACCAGCCAUCAACAAGUGGAGACGCUGCGCUGCCACCUAUAAAUUCUGAGAACGCAAUGGACGAAGAGGAUGCACUACUUGCGGAUAAGAAAGUGCUGCCUAUCAAGACAUUGGAGGAGAUGCAACGAGAACGCUAUAGGGGAUUGGCAGGACCGCUUCCGCCCAGAAUACCAGCGCCAGCGGUUACUGCCUCGACGUCCACGCGACCAGCGAAAAUUGACCGAAUAUUUCUCGACGCUUUCCAGCCACUCCCCGCAGGCGAACUUGAUUCCUUUAGUUCCUCGGCAUCAGGCGGGUUUGAGCAAAAAGAUCAAUUAUCCCCUGUUGCUGCGACUUUAGACCAGCAAUUACCUGCUGGGGGUCAGCUGGAAGCGACGUCGACUCCAACGCCAAACAACGAGCCGCCGGUUUUCGCAAUAAGCGAUGGCGAAAUCACGCGCCGAGCGGAUCACGCAGUCAAUCUCUUCGCAGAAGUCCGUGAUCGAGCAGCUUCGGCACCACUUCCCGGCGAAACUGAAGAAACUGCUUUCCAAGACGAAUCCGAUGAGAUGUACAACAUUGCGGUUACGCCUGCGGACACGUCAAAGCAGGGAACAGCAGCGUCAAAUGACGUCGACGACGUAGGGCUAGCGCAUCUGAGCUGCAAACGGCUCGUCGAGCAGCAGAGCAGUGCAAGCACAACGGCAUCCGCCGGAGACCACGCACGUCUACCUACGUCCUCAGCGACGAGAGAUGCUUAUGACAGUGGCGAGCACAGAGACAUUAAUGGACAGCUGCAUGCAUCGCAAUCGAGUGCUAGCUUUCAUAGUCUCGCAGGGAGUGUUGGAACGAGAACAGGGGACGGCCGAAGACCCUCGCUUGCUGAGCUGGCGGAAACACAUCACUUGCAGGGGAGAGCGAGUGCCGCGUCCGUGCUCUCAUUGAACGGGGACGCCUUUCACGAUGCUUGCUCCUCAGAGGGCGAAUAUGCCGACGCUGCGACGGCGUCUCCACUGCAUGACGGUGCAGAGUUUUCACCACAGCUUGGCUCUGUUUUUUCCGGUGGAGCAGCGAACCAGGACUUGGCGUCCUCAACCUCUUCACGACUCGUACUCGCUCAGAGCCCAGAUAGCGUGGUAAGCGGGAGUCCAGAUAGUCGAGCGGCUUUGCGACUGACGCCCAAUUGUGUCGCCUCACCCACACCAACCCCGAAGCUUACUCAGGACCAGAGUUUAUCAUCAGCUGGCGGGUUCUUGUCUGCUGCACCCCCACCUCGUCCAGUUUAUCUGACACAAGCGCUGGGACUAGGAAGGAUGGACAACGACAACGAAGCUAGAGACGCAAGUGCGACCCUUGAUACUUCAUCGGGCCAGGUCACACCCGCUGGAACAGCUGAUCCUCCAAGAGAACAAGAAGGCGGCGCAGUGUCUUCAAGCAAAGCUACAAAGGCAACGAAGAAACCGAAGAAACACCGGAACAAAAUUGAUUACGUUGGCCGUGGAUCCUGGUACAGCAGAAACGGGUUACUGGCGUUCCGUGAGGGCCUCGCCAACAAAGGCUGGUUGCAACUCACUCAGCGGGAGAAAGACAACAUGUGGUUCACCAUCCACGUUGAUGAUCUAGGGAAAAUGUAUGUGCAGACACCGAAUGGACUCUACGGACGACGAGAGUUCGCGACACCUGUGCUGAAUUCUGGAGGCGCAGGCUUUCAUGGUUCAUAUGAAUCCGGCUCGACACCUGCCCUGUCCUGGUCCUCGCAACAGCCCUCUUUCAUAGGAGUUGCUAGUGCUGGCCCUGGCGUUGACGUAUCGUCAGCAGCUCGUCCAGGAAGCUGGGGCCUGUCAGUUGGAGGCAAAGGAGCACCCUCAGGCGGAAACCGGUCGGCCGGCACCACACCAAUUUGUUCAACGAAUGCGAGCGGGGGACCGUUAUCUUACAUCGGGUACGGAGGCCGACAAAACGACCAAUCAUGGGGGAGCAAUCAGCGAAUAUCCUGUGGUAGCGGAGCACCUCCGAGUAGACCGCGCUCCGGUGCGCCCUCCGCACAAGGAAGCGCAACCUUGCAAAGCACUGGACCACAUAGUCGAACGCCUAGCCGAAGUUUGCUCGACUCACAAAAGGGCUCAGGUAAGCAGCGAGAGCGACUUGUCGCUGCAGUGCCUGAGACACAACGACAGGUCAACGGUAUCUUGAACAAACUCGCGCCGGAAAGAUUCAAGUAUUUAGUUAUUUUCACCUACACAUAUUUCUAGUUGACAGGAGGUGGCAUUUGACAGGAGGUGGCAAGACCUACAUAGCCACAUUGUAUUUUAGUAAGUAGUUAUUUUUGACCGACUCGCUAAAGCUAAUACCAGGGCCAGCGCCAGGGUUUGCGUGUUGUUGUUUUUUGCUUGAAUGAUCGAUCUGGGACGAGUAACUAAGAGUAUUCAAUUUUUAGUAGCCAUUACAGGAAACUAUGCGAGACAUUGGCGUCUUUAUCCGUCAAGAGUGAGGGUGAACUGGAGAUCGUUGCCACAGAGAUCUUCGAGAAAGCUGUCUCACAGGGUGCCUACUGUGAGAUGUACUCGGACAUGUGCAUGGUCCUGCGGUCACGCUUCCCCGAGUUUCCGCGAGACGACGGCACGAGCUUCAAUUUUACCCGCGCUCUGCUGAACCGAGCCCAGCAGGAGUUUGGGCGCACGUCGACAAACAGCAAUAGCGAGGUAGACAAAGAGCGGUUACUUGGGAACAUGAAAUUCAUUGGCCAAUUGUUUCUGCGUAAACUAUUGUCGCAGCGAAUCGUGCGCAGUGUGGUAAGUGACCUGAUCUAUGCUGCUGCGGAACCAUCUGCGCUGUCCAUCGAGUGCACCUGUGUGUUGCUCAAGAACGUCGGGAAGACUCUUGAAGCCAGCUCCAGCGGGAAAGAAUACCUCUCAACCUUCAUUCAGCGGCUGAAGGAGCUCUUGGAACGAAAAAAGAAGGCCACAAAAGAGGCGCUGUACUCUAAACGGAUAAAGUUCGCGAUACAGGACGUCAUCGAUCUCAGCGACAACAAGUGGCUCGAGCGAGUGGUCAAGGGAGCGAAGGUGCUGCUACUUCAAUGUCAUGCGUAGUCUACGACUACGAGUAAAAUGUGACUAGGACUUCCUUUCUUCCCGAUAUCUUUAGAGUGCUCUCCAUCUGCUCAUAAUUGUGUUCGUACUAGUUCGUGGUUUUUUUUUGUUUGGAAAUAAAUAUUCCCACGACCUUGCCCUCGUUCAUGUUCUCCACCAUGCAGGUCAAGACGCGCGGAGCAUUGAUUCAGGAUGCGCAGCGAGAACGCGAGUUGUUUCAAAGUGGAGAGCAGAACCCGUACGCUCAACAAGUCGUUGCAGGAGGUCGACCCGAGUACUUCCCAGACAUCCUCAAGAGAACGAGCAGUAGCACAGUCUAUGUCGAGGAAGUGAAGAAACUGCUGGCGUACUUCUUGUCUGUUUUUGAUUGUCUUUAUACCUAUCGAGUAGAAACUUGAUUUAGAAUCUGAACUCUUGAGUACGAGUAGGAAGUGGAAGUGCGGAAAUAUUAGGGGAGAACAUGGUAUCUAUUGGUACUAGGGGUCCGCUUAAGUGUGGUUCUGUUCGGAUGACAUUACAUCCUCUUACAUACUUUUCAGGUACUACCAAGAGGACUCCGCGAUGGACGAGCUCAUUUCCGGUUGGCGAGCUCUAGACAUGCAGCCAGAUGAUCGAGCAGCAGCAUGCCAUUACCUAAUUGAAACUGGCUUCAACGAUUUCAUGAAAUGCGAGGUUGUUGCCAGUGCUAUAGUCGGGCUUAUAGGUAUUUACCUUCUAUUUCUAGUAUAACGAAGAAGUAUCGCAACAGCCGUCCUCUCCUGCCUUAUGCUUCACUUUUUUCUUUUGAUUCUGAUUCCUGACGUGUCUAUAAAAUGUUCAGCGCACCAUCAGCACUACCAGAAGAUGAUUUUGGAAAAGUCAACAAGUCCUAAUAUAUCAGCAUGCGGGUGCAUCGAGAUGGCUCAGCUUUGUUCGAUUCUUGAGCCUUUUGUUGCUGGACUCGAGGACUUCAUUCUUGAUUGUCCAAAAGCCGAUCUUUUCUAUCACGAGCUUGUUGCGUGCAUCGUAUGCGAGAGGAAAACGGUACUCAUAGGUAUUUUCGAGUUUUCUGCGUGCAGCUUCUAUUCAGCAAUGAGUCUCCGUCAUGAGUUGUUUCGUCGAGUAGGACCUUCUUUCCUUGUCCUACACUGACGACCAUUACUUCUAUUUUCAUCUCAUGAUCAAAAUGCCUCAGGUCCGUCUCUUCUCGAGUGAAUUGUUCUCGGGCUUUGAUGUGCCGGACGGUCCUCCGACACCAGCUAACCGAGUUAAUAAAGCGUUACGGAAUUCCGGCACAUCGGGAGGCACCAGUUCGCCCGAUGAAUUUCGUAGCGUCGACGAGCCGGGUGAUAAUUCGUUAUCAGAAGAUGGUAAAGAGUCCGAAGAAGGUGGGCAACGCGCGUUGCACGAGUGUUUCUACGUGCAGCUAUGGUGCAACACACUCCGACAAGUGCAAAAGAAGGCUGGCUUAGCUGGUCUGCGAACAGCGAUCCAGGACACGAAUGCGCAGACAGCGGCUUUUUUCUUCGGAAACUUCAUCUUCGAGGACUACCGGCAGUUACAUGAGCUCUACACGAAUGCAGGAUUGUUCAGGUACUUUGAUCGCACCCCGAUUUUCGACGAGCUCGCAACACUAUGGCUGCAGCGUGGUGGCACUAGCGAUGAAACGAGGUCGGGUGUACUGGAUCAAAACACUUCGCAGCCAAUCUUCGAUGUUCAGAGCGUGCUCGCGCGAACAAGCCCGGAGGAGGUCCGCGAGGACGUUUUUCUGGCGCGUUUAGUCGACACGGUGAUUGGAGUCUUAGUCCUGCAGCGAGGGAGCGAUAUUAUCGGAGGUGGUACAGUAUCGGAAGUCCAGAAGUUACCAUCUUCUGGCGGCUCAUCCCAAUCAGUCGCCUCAAUUGGGUGUGGAGCUGCCGGUGGGGCCACUUCCUCGUUGUCACAGAACCGGCGUAGUCGCGGACAGCAACGAAGCGGCAGCAGCACGGCGUCAGCAGACAGCUCAACAAGCUUGCAGGUGUCACGGCAGGAAGCGGCGUGGUGGCGUGAGCAAUUGGAUAAGGGUUGUGAUCCGCUAUUGGAGCACUUCUUCCAACAAAAGAGAAUUGCCCUUCUCCACGAGCAGGACGACGGGGACACGCCAGGAGGUGAAUCUGCCGUUAACAAGCGGGGGGAUGCGUCAUCUUCUGUCCCGUCGCCAGGCCUCAACAGCAGCAAGAGCCAGGACACUGCGCAGGCACUCGGUCGCAUCUUCCUUGAUGGAUUGCUGUUUUGUCUCGGACGGGUGCCGGAGAUGUCGGGUGCAGAUGUCGUUGGCGUCUUGAGGGCGCUUGUCGCACGUAGUGAGAGCGCAUCUCACAGCGUCGCGGCGUCGACGACAACACUGCGCUACCUGCGGACUCAGAUGAGCACAUCCACACAAGACGCCACCGCCCUUCUACUGCAAGCAAUCGACGUAGUACUCACCCUGUCUUCGACGGUUUCGUAGGCAUAUUGAAGAUCAGCUUUUUGACCACGCAUAAUCGCUACCGGGAUCGUUUAUCUUCUUUUCAUAACUACCGCUACCCCUUAACGUUCAUCUUCAUACACACAUUGAUAUUUGGAGCAUACAUACUAGACAUCCACUCAGAUUUGGGUUUGCGCGUUUGAUGUUACGCGUACCCAAACAGAUUUCGCCGAUAAGAUCUCGCACUGUGACCCACAUUACCGUCCAUAUUAUAAUUCAGUAUUAAGUCUCGCUCUCGGUCACUUCUGCUGGAUGUGUCGCAUGUAAUGCAGUAGUUAAUAAGAUGGAUUGUCUUUGUCAUCAACUCAAAUUUUCAACGUCAGCAAAAAGGCAGAUUAUAGAUGUCUGAUGUUACAGUUACUUACACUUUCUUACGUCAUGCAUAAUUAUAACUUUACGUAGUAGACGUAGAAGAUGAUCCACAAUCAGCCAGGUCAAAGGCGAAGGACUCUUUCAAUAGAAGUAACUCAAAGAAGUUUAUUUUAGGCCAGCCAGUGACUGUAACAACUAUUAUACCAUCAGAAGAAGUAACAAAACAGCACUCACAUCAUCAUCAAUAAGAAUAUUCACACAACUUCUGCAUCUGCUAGUGCUCCUAGUGCUCCAACUUGUUGUGGACGACGAAUAUAGCAUCUACAAGUCGUGGAAACUUGAGUCGAUUGGGUAGGUAAGACUUUGCGCCUGGUGAGCUUUCACGGUCGAUGCAAGACCCUCGACUUUCGAGUUGCGCCUUUGCAUGGAGCCCCGUCCCAUAUCUCCUAGUACGCUACCACGACUUGACAAUGUCCAUAUUGCUCUCACCUUCCGAACUCGAAGUAGAGGUGUAGAUGUACUUAUAUAUAGCUUGUUAACGAUAUUAACUCCUACGAGUCCUCUACUGUACUCGAUGAAAUAUUUGGGCAGCCAGACGCUCAUGCCCUCCGACCCUAAUCUGCAGCUUUUUGAGGCUCUUUGUCCAACUCC